ACUGACAACUCAUGGGGCCCCCGGGCAAUAGGGGAUCAUGGGGCCCCUGUGUCCUUGCCCAAACUCAAAAAAGCCUUUGAAAAAUGUACCAGGGGCAUCUCAUGGGGCCCCCUACUGACCCCGGGCCCUCGGGCAGUGCCCGAGUUUUCAAAUGGUCAGUCCGCCCCUGGUUGAAGCGAUGCAUUUAAAUUUAGUGAGGCUGCGACACCGAAGUCUAUGUGACUAUCAAUCACUUUACACCUCACAUGUGUCAGUGUUU